UCUUGGACAUGUUCAAGCACAUGGGGACAGGCCCCAACGGAACCAGCCUGAGGUCCACGCGUUACCCGCCAAUACCGGAUCCGGAAGUUGUCAAGGAGAACCAGCUACGGUGUGCGGAGCACACAGACAUAGGCUGCGUCACCCUGCUAUUCCAGGACAGACCUGGGCUCGAGGUUUGCACUGAGGGCGACAAUUAUGUCCUAGCCCCACCCAUCCCGGGCACUGUGGUGGUCAACAUCGGCGACAUGUUACAGUGGUGGACGGCCGACAAGCUGGUGUCCACUAAAUACCGGGUGAACAUCCCAGAGACGGCGGAAGGCCGGGGGAAGGGCCGCCGCUCCAUCGCCUUCUUCGCCAAAGCCGACUCCGACGUGCAGCUGAAGUGUCUGGACGGCUCCGAUAAAUACAAGCCCAUGCUUGUCCGCGAAUACCAUAAGAUGAAACUUCGCACCACCUACAUUUAAGGCGUACUGUCUGGGUGAAGAUGGUAUCUCACUGCAUUUGGGGCAUUUGCGGCACUGGCACUGCGGGGUUCGAAAGAUACUCAACGAA